GCGUGCGGGGCGGGGGGAGGAGAAGGAGGAUCGGAGGAGCCUCGCGAGAGCUGCGGCCGCUGCAGCAGGAGGCGCCGGUGGGCGCUGCGGGUCAGGAUCCGGGGGAGACGUUCGGCGGGGCCCGAGGACCGGGGCAGCGAAGCGGUGAGUCCUAAAAGCGGGGGAUGGAGAAGGGCGGAGGCCUCGCCCGUUGGACGCCCGGGCAAAGAGGCCUCCUCCUUCCAGUCCGCUGCCCUCCCCGCGCUAUGUUAGCGUGGUGCCUUCGGCGACAUGGGGACGGGGUUGUGCUUAUCUUUCCCCGGGGCCCAGCAAUGUGGCCUUCAGUGCGAUUUCUUGGAGAGGGUACGUGCAAUGGAGCCUUUCCGCGGCGCGUCUCUUCCCCUCAUUCUCCGCACUCCACCCUUGCAAAAAAAAAAGGGGGGGCCGUGGAUCAGGGGAGCUACCUCUUGGCUUUCCCUUUUUUCUCCGAACCUUUGCAAGAUGCAUGCACUGGACCCCGCUCCCUUCCCCAACAGGAGCGCCGUGCAAAAAGGGAUUAGAGGCAAAAGACUGUGCAGGUUCCAUCCGCAAGCUGUUGACAUUGAUGGUGCUGGUGGGGAGCGCGGGUUCCUGCAUUUUGAGGCCUUCCGGUAGAUGUGUGCCUGUGGUUAGUGUGUGUAAACUGUUCUCUAUAUGGGUUAUAUUUAUGUAAAACGGUAAGUUCCUUCUCUUCCCAUCCCUCCUUCAAUGAGUGCAUGAGUGUGCAAAGAUAUUCCAACAGAGACAAAAUGUGUUUGCAGAGUGACCUCAGCUAUGGUAUUGUAGAACCAAGGGCUUUGCUGAACUCCAUCCAAUCAGCAUCUUCCCUAAGGCAGUUGUCCUCUUCCACGGUUAACCCUGAACAUUCCAAAUUUUGUGGGUUACAUCUCCACUAUGCCAAAACCAAUUGACUGCCAGUUAACGCCACAGAAAUAAGCAAGAUUUACUUUCAAUAGGUAGAUAAUAGGAUGGCGCUGUCAGAGAGUUUAAGGGCAGGUUUGUGUUGGGGAGGAGUUAUAUGCAUUAAGAAGGCCUUAGUAAGUGUGUGUGUGUGUGUGUGUGUGUGUGAUCUAAUGAUUUUGGUUGAACAUUAGGAGGAACUUCUUGAUGGUAAGAGCAGUUGACCAAUGAAAGCAAUGACCUGGGCAGGUGUGUUCUCCAUGGCUGGAGGUCUUCAAGCAGAGGCAGAACAGCCAUCUGUUGGAGAUGCUUCAGCUCUGGAUUCUUUAACUGAGCAGGAAGUUGGAUAAGAUCACCUAGAUUCUGUAUUAUCCAGGGUCACAGCUCAGUGGUAGAGCUUCAGCUUUGCAUGCAGAAAUUCGCAGGUUCAGCCCCUGGCAUCUCCAGGUAGGUCAAGGAGACAUCCCUGCCUGAAACCUUGGAGAACCUCUGCCAGUCUCAUAGGCUGGCAAGGAGACAUCCCUGCCUGAAACCUUGGAGAACCUCUGCCAGUCUCAUGGAGCUGGGUGGACCAAUGGUUGACUCAGGGCUCACCCAGACUCCCUUUUGUGCUGUGUUUCCAGGCACAGGUCUGGACUUUAAAGCUUCGUGUCCAAGUGGUAUUUUUUUUGUCCUGGCGUUUUCCUUGGGAAAAUUCACAUUUUGGCACUGAAUUGAAGCAAACAGCAGUCAAAUUUUUUGUGGAUUGCCAUUUGGUCUGAUUCAGUGGUAGAAUGUGAGGUUCCCUGGGGAAAGUGUUGGGACAAAAAAAAAAAACCCUGGCCGGAUACAGAGCUUUAAAGCAUGGACCUGUUCCUGGAAAGUACAGUGCAAAAGGAAGUCAGGAUGAGCCCUCAGUAUAAGGCAGCAUCCUGCACCAUACCUUUAAAGUACAUUCAAAGCACAUCUCCUGUCCUCAGGAAUCCUGGGGAUUGUAGUUUACCCUUCACUGUGCUACAAUUCCUAGCACCUUUAACAAACUACAGUUCUCAGGAUUCUUUGUGAUGUGUGUGCUUUGGAUGUGCUUUAAAGGUCUGGUGUGUACACAGCCUGUGUUGACCUUCUCUUAUGCAUCAUUUCUCGCUUGGAAUCUUGGCUGCAAAUGCAUCCAAAGCCAGGGACUUGAUACAUAAUCUCGUCACCUUUAUGAUGUGGCUGCUCAAGUAUGAGGUUCAUUUCUUUCAAGCUGAUUCUUCCGUUUUGCUAACAGAGGCCUAGGAUGUGUGGCUAACCUAAACAUAUUGUUGUUCAAAGCAAGCCUAUCCAGAUGCUUAGAAAUGCUUAUGUGAAUUUUGAUUUGUUUUAGUAUUUUAACUUUCUGUCUGUUUAUAGUAUUGUAUUUCACCCCUUGAUUUUCUUGUUUUUAUCUUUUUGUAAACCACUUUGAGACUUGUUUGGUUUGUCACAAUCAAGUGGUGUACAAAAUUUAUGAAAUAAAUAAAUAAAAAUAAUGAUAUAACUGUCUAACAGUGUUAUUUAGUACAGAACGGGGGACUUGAACAUACCAGUUAGUACAGGUCAACAAACCUAGGUAGCUGCCUUAUGCUGAAUCAAGCAUUGGCACUUCUAACACAAGGCUGACCUGCACUUACAUCUCCGUACUUUCUAGGCAUGGUCUAUGCUUAUAGCUCCCAUUCCCAACCAAGCAACAUUUGCAGGGCACCAGGUUGGGGAAGGUUAGUGUAGGAUGAUGUUUUCUUUGGGAAAGUCAUUCAGAUGGACCCAUUCUCACAAAAUAUAAACAAUUGAUUCCUGGGGACUUCAAAAAUUGACUUGAGGAUCAAUGUACUUGUGUAUAUGUAGAAAGAAAACCAAAAUGGUAUUAUUUUGUAACUAGAUUUCAUCUCCCAGAAGUAUGGGCAUUUAUUUGCAUUCGAAAGAGAGACAGUAAUAAGCAGAGAGCAACCCUCAGAGAGAGAAACAACCAUAAACUCCUUAGGGUAGAUGUUCAGGCUCCAUUCAUCUGCAAAUGGCAGAUAAUGUUUUGCAUGAAGAUGGGGCUUCUAUUAUUUAUAAGGUCAAAAAUGUUGGGUCCAACCAAUGCUGAAAUAUCUGCUUAGGUUGGACUGAAGUCCUAAAAUAUGCACAAGCUCUUCAGUCCAAUCCUUUGCAUGUUUACUUGUCCUCCUGAGAUGAACGGCAGUUGAGUGUGCAUCAAUCAGUUUGAAACCCAGCCUAGGGGUAUUGCAUUUGGAAAUUAGGUAGCAGCAGAGUCUGUCUUUCUCAGCUGGAAAAUGAAAUGCCUUUUCUUAUUAUUUCUCUGACACAAGGCUACCUGGUGUUCCUUCACAUUACUCAAAAUAGGGUCUACUCCCAGUGGUGCAGCUGGCAUUUUAGACCCUAGACUUAAUGGACUUAUGAGGUGUGGGUGGGUGCUCUUUAAGUGGCAAUAUGUAUUACUUCACUUAUUUCAAAAUACAGUAAACCAGUUCUGCUGCAUUUGCACUCCCCUCGCUUAUUCUGUUGGACAGGCCCUGGACGUGUUUCUGCACCAAAGUCCUUCCUUGGUGGCACCAUCUCAGGCGAAGCGCCAUAGCUUCUUCAUAGAGCAUUUAGAUGACCUGAGGUUCAAUCCCUGGCAUCUCUGGAUAGGUCCAUGAAAGACUGCUGUCUGAACCCUGGAGAGCCACCAUCAGGAUGGACAGUACUGAGCUAAGUGGAUCAGUGGACUGAUAGUUCAAUGCAGCUUCCUCUGUUCCCAAUCCAGUGACCUGGCUGGAAGCAGAGAGGCUGCUGUCACCUGUAAUAUGAGAACAGCAGAAUUUGUGGGCAUUUGCAGAUUAUUGUCUUACACUUUCGAGUGGUGGCGAAUGUAUAUGGAGGUUUCUAUGCUGUAGCUAUUGUAGAGCUGGAAGAGGUGCAGAAAUCACAAUCCAAAUGAUUAAGAUGGCAGAACAUGUUUCCAGUUAGGCAAGUUGAGACUUUCCAGCUUAAAGAGAAAGAAUAUUAAGUGGAAUAUGACCAUGGUUUACAAAGUUAUGAGGUGGUGUGGGGAAAGAAAGAGAAAACUUAACUCUCGUUCCAUAACAUCCAUAAAAUUAAUGAGUGGAAAUUGCAGGGAAGCCAACUUUUGUUAAAUUCCAGGAGAAACUUCCUUCGGAAAGGGAUGUAGUCACCUGUCUUGCAUGCAGGAAAUCCUAGGUUCAAUCAAUCCCCAGCAUCUCUAAGUCGGGCUGGGAAAGAUUCCUUACCUGAAACCCUGGAGAGCCAAUACUGAGCUAGAUGGACCAAUUGGCCUGACUCACUAUAAGGCAGCUUCUUAUGAAUCAUAGAAUCAUAGAAUCAUAGAGUUGGAAGAGACCACAAGGGCCAUCGAGUCCAACCCCCUGCCAAGCAGGAAACACCAUCAGAGCACUCCUGACAUAUGGUUGUCAAGCCUCUGCUUAAAGACCUCCAAAGAAGGAGACUCCACCACACUCCUUGGCAGCAAAUUCCACUGUCGAACAGCUCUUACUGUCAGGAAGUUCUUCCUAAUGUUUAGGUGGAAUCUUCUUUCUUGUAGUUUGGAUCCAUUGCUCCGUGUCCGCUUCUCUGGAGCAGCAGAAAACAACCUUUCUCCCUCCUCUAUGUGACAUCCUUUUAUAUAUUUGAACAUGGCUAUCAUAUCACCCCUUAACCUCCUCUUCUCCAGGCUAAACAUGCCCAGCUCCCUUAGCCGUUCCUCAUAAGGCAUCGUUUCCAGGCCUUUGACCAUUUUGGUUGCCCUCCUCUGGACACGUUCCAGUUAGAGCGGUAGUCUCGUAAUCUGGGGAACCGGGUUCGCGUCUCCGCUCCUCCACCUGCAGCUGCUGGGUGACCUUGGGCCAGUCACACUUCUUUGAAGUCUCUCAGCCCCACUCACCUCACAGAGUGUUUGUUGUGGGGGAGGAAGGGAAAGGAGAAUGUUAGCCGCUUUGAGACUCCUGAAGGGGAGUGAAAGGCGGGAUAUCAAAUCCAAACUCUUCUUCUUCUUCUUGAACUGUGGUGCCCAGAACUGGACACAGUACUCCAGGUGAGGUCUGACCAGAGCAGAAUACAGUGGCACUAUUACUUCCCUUGAUCUAGAUACUAUACUCCUAUUGAUGCAGCCCAGAAUUGCAUUGGCUUUUUUAGCUGCCGCGUCACACUGUUGGCUCAUGUCAAGUUUGUGGUCAACCAAGACUCCUAGAUCCUUUUCACAAGCCAGGUGUCACCCAUCUUGUAUUUGUGCCUCUCAUUUUUUUUGCCCAAGUGCAAUACUUUACAUUUCUCCCUGUUAAAAUUCAUCUUGUUUGUUUUGGCCCAGUUCUCUAAUCUGUCAAGGUCGUUUUGAAGUGUGAUCCUGUCCUCUGGGGUGUUAGCCACCCCUCACAGUUUGGUGUCAUCUGCAAAUUUGAUCAGGAUGCCCUUGAGUCCAUCAUCCAAGUCGCUGAUAAAGAUGUUGAAUAAGACCGGGCCCAAGACAGAACCCUGUGGCACCCCACUAGUCACUCUUCUCCAGGAUGAAGAAGAACCAUUGAUGAGCACCCUUUGGGUUCGGUCAGUCAGCCAGUUACAAAUCCACUGAGUGGUAGCAUAGUCAAGACCGCAUUUUACCAGCUUCUUUACAAGAAUAUCAUGGGGCACCUUGUCAAAUGCCUUGCUGAAAUCAAGGUAGGCUACAUCCACUGCGUUCCCUUCAUCUACCAGGCUUGUAAUUCUGUCAAAAAACGAGAUCAGGUUAGUCUGACAUGACUUAUUUUCAGAAAUCCAUGCUGACUAUUGGUGAUCACAGCAUUCCUUUCUAGGUGCUCACAGACUGUUUGCUUAAUGAUCUGCUCCAGAAUCUUCCCUGGUAUUGAUGUCAGACUGACUGGGCGGUAAUUAUUUGGGUCCUCUCUUUUCCCCUUUUUGAAAAUAGGGACAACAUUUGCCCUCCUCCAGUCUGCCGGGACUUUGCCUGUUCUCCAGGAAUUCUCAAAGAUGACUGCCAGUGGUUCUGAGAUCACAUCUGCCAGUUCUUUUAAUACUCUUGGAUGCAGUUCAUCUGGCCCUGGAGACUUGAAUACAUCUAAACUAGCCACGUAUUCUUGUACUAUCUCCUUAGUUAUUCUGGGCUGUGUUUCCUUUGCUGAAUCAUUUGCUCCAAAUUCUUCAGGUCGGGCAUUGUUUUCUUUAUUGGAGAAGACUGAGGCAAAGAAGGCAUUGAGGAGUUCAGCCCUUUCUGUGUCCCCUGUUUGCAUUUCACCAUCUUCUCCUCUGAGUGACCCCACUGUUUCUUUGUUCUUCCUUUUUCUACUGAACAUACCCAUAAAAGCCUUUUUGUUGCUUUUAACCUCUCUAGCAAGCCUGAGUUCAUUCUGUGCUUUAGCUUUUCUGACUUUGUGUCUACACGUGCUGGCUAUUUGUUUGAAUUCCUCUUUGGUGGUUUCCCCCUUUUCCAUUUUUGUACACAUCCUUUUUAAAUCUUAACUCAGUUAAAAGUUCUUUAGAUAGCCACCCUGGCUUCUUUAGGCACCUUCCAUGUUUCCGUCUCAUUGGUAUUGCCUGACGUUGUGCUUUUACUAUCUCCCUCUUAACAAACUCCCAGCCAUCAUGAACUCCCUUUCCUUUUAGUAUUACUGUCCAUGGGAUCUCACCCAGCACUUCCCUAAGUUUUAUGAAGUCGGCUUUCUUAAAGUCAAGAAAUUGAGUCCUAGUAUGCUUGGCUGCUCCUUUCCGCUGUAUAGUAAACUUCAGAAGAGCAUGAUCACUCGCGCCUAAUGAUCCUUCCACUUCUACCCCACUAACCAGGUCAUCAACAUUGGUUAGGACCAGAUCUAAAAUGGCUGUUCCUCUUGUUGUUAUGGCCAGAGCUGAUUUCAGAGUUGGAGGCAGAGGGGCAGGAGACAGUUUUGUUGUCAAGAACCAGGCACCCCCUUCCUUGGUGGGAUUAGAUGCACCCACUCAGAACAGAUACGUGCACACUCAGCAGUCUCGUAUGACAAGAGUCGCCCCUGAGUGAGCUCACCCCAUCCUUUCUUUAAUAACUUGACACAAGGGAUGUGUCAACUCUUGGGAUAUCUGUGUAAUUUCCAUUUGGUUAUGAACCACUUGCCUUGUUUGUGCAUCUUGGAACCUUGACCUCUGGACCCCCUGCUUCCUACUGAGCCUUUACCACUAUUAGCCUGGGAAGUUAUCUCUACCUCACCUACAAGUAAGAGUCAUUGCCAACAUGUUUUGGGAUAGGAUCCUGACACUGAUUUGUUAUAUGGCAGCUUUCCUAUGCAGCCUGUUCACAUUUUAAGAUUCUGAAAAUGCCCAUUUGCCCAAGGCUUGAUAUUUAUUCCAGCCUUUCCCAACCUGGUGUCCUCUAUAAGUUGUUGGAUUCCUGCGCCCAUCAGUUGCAGCAAGCAGGGCUAAUGGUCACAAGGGAUGGGUUCAAAUACAGGGGUACCUCGGGUUAAGUACUUAAUUCGUUCUGGAGGUCCGUUCUUAACCUGAAACUGUUCUUAACCUGAAGCACCACUUUAGCUAAUGGGGCCUCCUGCUUCCGUGCCACCGGAGCACGAUUUCUGUUCUCAUCCUGAAGCAAAGUUCUUAACCUGAGGUACUAUUUCUGGGUUAGCGGAGUCUGUAACCUGAAGUGUAUAUAACCUGAAGCAUAUGUAACCCGAGGUACCACUGUAGUGAUGCGGGGAAGAAAAUUUCACAGUGCUUUAUUUUUCCUUGAGAAAUAUCCCAUUUCCUAAGUUUAUUAGUAACAGUGAAUGGAGUCUAAGUGAAAAUACCUCGUUAGACAAACCUGGCAGUUUCAAAGUGUUUAGCUUUGUUUAUUAAAUGCAGUUUGAAUAAACAUGCUAGAUUAAAUCAUUCCUUCAUCCACCAGUGAGGAACCUCCAACCUAUUGGCUUAAUUAGGCCCAGCAAAGGUCACAGUUGGGUCCCCCAGGCCAUUUCCCCCCAACCACACUCACCUGCCCCACACCUUACAUAUGUGAUGCCAGGUGUGGGGCAAGUAAAUAUUUGGCUGCAAAUGAGCAAUUGGGAACUUAAACUUUCCUCCUGAUCAUGUCUUGUUUUGAAUCGAUUUAACACCUGUAUUCCAUUUCUUGGUGAGUGGCACUCACUGACAGCACUGAUCUGUGAGACCUGCUGGGAUUGGCUGCACUAGGGAGUUUCCUACUGGGAACUUUCUAGCACAGUUGAUGGGAGUUGCUCUUGGUGCUGCUCUGCACAUGACAAAACUGCCAAUUUGGGGAGGAAAAAUGUCCAUUUGCAAGAACAUUUUGAUACAAAUCACCCCUGUAAACUGACAUUAAAAGGGCAUACCAUAACUGCCAAUCAGCUGCUUGGGGGUUAUAGCAAGCCUCACUGAAUGCAUUCUCUCAACCCAAAUAAGUUGAUUAGCCCAUCUUCAAAGGGGUCCAAUCAGUUGGUUAGUGAGUCCCUCUAAAGUUGUCACCUAAUAAGAUGAUUGGAGGUGAUUGACAGGGCUGCAGCCCAAUCCAUCUGCUAAAGGUGGCCUGGGGAUCUGCCCCACUGGUCAGAUUCCGUUCCCCACCCCUGCUCAGAAUCAUUUCCUGCAAACUGAAAAUUCCUCUAUGCAACUUUGACAUUUUUCAGAAAAGACACAUCUCUUGGGUUCUAGUCCAAAACAUUGGGCUGGUAUCAGGUUGGGACAGCCUCCCUUGUUGCAUUUAUGGAACACUCUCCCCAAGAAUGCUUCCCUGGCACUGAAUUUAACAUCCUUUCGGCACCAAGAGAAGGCACCUUAUUUGCUUUGGCUUUUGUCAAAAGCCACUUAAUGCUAAUUUUGUUUUUGUUUUCGCUUACUGUUUUGUGCUAGCUUUAAUAUGGUUGUCAUUAGUUUUUAAGUGUUAAUUGCAAAGUAGGGUGUGACAUUAAAACAUUUAAGUAAAUAAAUGAAAUGGAAACAUUAGUUCUCGGAAAGAUCUGUAGAUGUUUUUUCAUGCUAAUCAAUGUAAUGUAUAAGUUCAAAUCUGAGAACCAGUUCUGAAAACAUUUAGUAUGGGAUAAGCACAUAUAAGUACCAUAUUUUUCUGUGUAUAAGACUAGGGUUUUUUUUGCCAAACAAUUAGGUUUAAAAUUGGGGCUCGUCUUAUACACGGGUAGUGCUGAGGGGUGUUUUCUUAAUUUGGAGUCCCCUUAAUUUGAAGUCUUAUACAUGGAAAAAAUACAGGAUUUGCAUAUUUUGGUUCUGUCAUCCCCCUCUCUCCCACAGUAUCUUCUUUUCUUCUGGUGUAUAUUUUGGAAAAUUGCUGUUUGCCCCUCUGUCUAUUCUCUAUACAUUCAGACACCUCUUGAGGUGUAGACACCAAACUUGGCAUGAUGGUUCCUGAGAUCAAGGGGCAGGUUUUUUUGUGUAUAUUUCAAUACUAUUGAAAGCUAUUUUGAAUCAAGAUAGUGGAUCGAACCUUUCAAAAUGGCAUUGAUUUGUGUACCUCUUAGGUUAUUGUUAACUGUCAUGCAGCCUACUGGACGAAUCCUCUUCAGAGGAGGACCUGGCACUCCCCAAAGCACAUGUUACAGAGGAACAAGCUGGGCCAUUGGGCAGUAAGACAGUGGAGGCCAAUCUGGGACUUUUAGGGGUCACAGCACCUCAAUUUUUCCGCAAGACACAGAGGGCCCCUACACAGAAUUGGAGGUGGGAGCUGAGCUAUCACCAUGUCCAUGAACUGAUUAGCCAUGAAGCUGUUUGGGGUAACCUUUGGCCAGUCUUAAAGCCUAGCUUACCUCACAGGGUUGUUGUCAGAAUACAGAUACAGUGGUACCUCAGGUUACAUACGCUUCAGGUUACAGACUCUGCUAACCCAGAAAUAGUACCUCGGGUUAAGAACUUUGCUUCAGGAUGAGAACAGAAAUCGUGCUCUGGCGGCGCGGUGGCAGCAGGAGGCCCCAUUGGUUAAAGUGGUGCUUCAGGUUAAGAACAGUUUCAGGUUAAGAACGGACCUCCGGAACGAAUUAAGUACUUAACCCGAGGUACCACUGUAGAAGGAGAAAGUGCCGUGUAACCUCCUUGAGCUCCUUGGAAGAAAGACGAGGUAUCAGUGGAAUCAAAUGAAACAAUAGGAUUGCAAAGAGUAUUCAAACCAUGGUUUGCAAUCCUGGUUUGUGCAGACCUUGUGCAGAAGACUCUAAGCUUAGCAUAGGUGUGUCUGUGCACCAUACAUUGAAAGCACAUACAAUAGUUCCAACAAAGAAUCCUGGGAACUGUAGUUUGUUCAGGAAGUGCUAGGCAUUGUGGCUCUGUGUGGGUAAACUACAGUUCCCAGUAUUCUCUGGAGGAAGCCACGUGCUUUAAGUAUAUGGUGUUUAUGCAGCUAUAGAGUCACCUGCUUUAAGUCCUUGGGAAUGCACCAAACCAAUACCUAAUCAAUGCAAGAAAACAGGGAGAUAAUCCCCUAUGAGGAACAAUGCAUUCUGCUGUAUUUUCAUCUUGAUGUCAUAAGGCAGAAGCUUGGAUUUUUUGGAUACAUCCUUCAGAAAACAUGAGCCAAAGUCUGGGACUGUAGUGCCACUACAGUCAAGCUGGCUGUCCUUGUAGAUCUAUUCUGGCUCUUCCUGUCCAGGUCUGCUUCUGUGGAUUAGAGAGUAGUGUGGGUCAAUGUAGGUCACUCAUAGGUUACUCAGGAAGAGCCAGAGGCUAAGUAUGUCUGUCCUACAUUGUAGAACCUUUUUUAACUUCUUAGGCUAAAGCCGGUUUGUUUAGCAACACAGGCUUCUGCUGGACGCUUGCUAUGGAUGCCUCUAACAGCUUUGCCUGUCAGUUGCUAGUCAGAUCUUGUGCAUUUCCAAUUUAUCUACUUAGGAAAGGAAUUCUAAUUGACUGGGAAAGAAUAGGAAGAUGAGCACAAUUAUUAUUGUACUGUUAAAUGUAUAUUCCCCCUGCCUGUUUCUCCCAAAGGAGCCCAGGGCGGCAAAUACAUCAGGCUUAAAAUAGCUAAGAAGGCCUUACUCUUUAUAUAAUGGUUUGGAAAUAAAUGUGGCCUUCCAGGCUUCUAUAUCUGGUUCCCUGGGAAUUCUCUCCAUGCCGUACCCCUUAAUGGCCCUCCUUUGCCCCCCAAGUGGUUUUGCAUGGUUGGAAUAUGUCCUUGGAAUAAUGUCUCUUGUUUGUCUGGAGACUAGAGAGGAGUGUGUGUACAAACUAUAAACUUUGCAUUCAUUUCUCCACCCACAUUUGUGUCUGGCCCUGUCCACCGCUGGCCUGUGCCUCUAAGAAGCUUGCCCAGAAAGUAACAUGGCUCUCAGCUGGAAAAAAGUCCCCCACCCUGAUUUACAUUGAUCUUAAGUUUACUGAGGUGGUGAUGCUUUUGUUUCGAGUUGUGCCAAGCCACUGCAAAUGUUCCCUUGGAUUUUGAGGCUGCAAAGGAAGCAAAUUGCAUAAUUAGGCCUGGUCUAUCAGAAGUGGAAAGCCUUACAUGUCAAAGACAUGUUUAUCCCUAGUCUCUUCCUUUAACAUCAUAUCUGUUGUCAUUGAAGUCUUGGGAGCACACACAAUUCAUAAAGCUAGCCCAGUACUUGAUUGUUUCUCUCAAACAAGCAGGAAGUGCCUGGCUCCAAUCAGAUACAAAUAAGUUCAGUGUCAUCUGGUGGCAAAACUAUAUAAUGAUGCUAUCCACAUAACUGUUCCCUGAUUUCUUUCAGCUUUAUUGGUGGUGUGACAAGUUCUUCUGUCUAUCUGUGGAAUAAAGACUGAGCGACAUCAUGGGAGGUAAGAUGACAGUAAGAUUUCCUUGUGUGAGGAAAAGCUUUCAUUGUGUGAGGAAUUGAUGCUCUGAGCAAGGCCUGAUUCUAUUAACACUUUUUAUCCUGGAACAGUAGUUUGUAUAUUCCUAUGUUCCAGCCUGAACUGGGAGGCUGAAGUGAGUCAAGACUUAAUGACAAGAUCAGUACUCCUGAGAUGCCUGUGUUUGACACAGCGACAACUUUUGAUGGACAGAGCUCCCACUUUCAUAGCAAUUCACAGUGUUGAUCUGUCAGUGGUCUGCCAAUGGCCAAAGACAGACAGCGACAAGUGGAACCAGUCUAGAGAUGCCCAUCUGUUGCUUCACAGAAAUCUCCAGUCACAACUUCUUGUACCCAUCAAAGGUAUCUGGACUUUGAAAAGAAUAAGUAGUGGAGAUUAUUGGCCCCAUAUGAAUGCAAACCAUCCUAGUAUUCCACUAGGAUCGUCCAAUUUUGCUAAAUAAUCAGUGAAGCCUGACCAAAUGGUGCAAAAUUUGGCUUUUUUGAUUUGUCCUCCAAAUAAUCAUAUUUAAGUGAUAAUCUUCUCUGAAAUUGCCAAUACUAAUAGCUUUUCAUACUAAGCCUCUAUAGAGAGGCCCUUCAGAUAUUUCCAGUAUUUAGAGAUUAAUAGUCUCGCAGCCAUUAAAAAGCCAACUUUUCUUUGACUAUAUUUGUUCUGGUUGCCCCAAAUACUUAGCAGUGUCAGGUAGGGCACUGGUAAUAAGUUUUGUGCUCUUAUUUGGUUAAUUUCAGGAAACGCAGAUUUUGUUGCAGUCUUGAAUCCUGUUGUUCAAGGCAGCCAGCUGGCCAUGCCUUCUUUCAGGAUAUUCAAUUUCCCUCUUCCUCUGCCCCACUACAGCAGUCAGCCAACAUUCCAUUCCCACAGAGCAUGCUUGCGGGACUCUUCCCCCAACCUGUUUCUUCUCUUGUAGAUUUGUGUGUGUGUUUGUACUUCCACACACCUUGGGGUUCCACUGAGUCUGCUGAUGCCUCUCUCUUGUGUGUAGAUGGUGCUGUUCUGACUGUACAAGAGUCCACACUCAGAGAAGGAGAUUGCCAUGAGUAUAUGCCAGGGAUAGCCAAUGUGGUCGCUUCCCAUUGUUGUUGACUCCCCAUCAUCCCUGGCCAUUGACCAUGUUAGCUGGGACUGAUGGGAGCUGGAGGCCAAGGACAUCUGGGGGAUUCUACAUUGGCUGUCACUGAUAUGUAGAAUGGUCUAUGGCAGAAGUCACCCACAAUUCCUCAGUGAUGUAGAGUUACAGCAAGGGCUGCUUGCAAAAGGGCUUUCAAAUAGCCCUGUGUUGAACCUUGCUUCAGGAGCAGAAAGCAGUUUCCAUUAAAAAUGCUGUUAAAAUGGACAAGAAAGGCCUAUCUAUAUUAGCAAGUGUUUCAAUGGAAAUCACUUCCUCCUCCUUCCUCCAUUCGUGGGCAGUGGAAGCAUGCCUUGCUCUAGGAAAGGAACCACCAGGAGUUCAUUUUCAGCUCCCAACUGUUCAUUUGAAGCCAUAUGAAUACCAGUCCCACACCUAACAUCACCUAUAAUGUCAGGUGUGGAGGGGGGAAGAGGCCAAACUGGUACCCCUGGCAGGUGUACCAGGGGGCGUAGCCUGUGAACCAGAGGUUCCCCACCCUUGAUGUAGAUGGAAAUCAGCCCAAUUAUACACUCUGGAUUUUUAUUUCAUAAGGAAGGCUUCCAGACUUCUUAAUGGCACUCAUCAUUGGAAUGCUAGUGGUCCCUUUUCUGUAUGUCAGUCGCCCUUCUCCCUUGACCUGAAAGUCACCCAAAUGAGCCUUUUAUAUUAUUGUGGCUGUUAUCAGUCCCACGAACCCCAGAGCACCAAGAGAGGGAGAAACAGUUCCUCUCGCUGUACAUAGUUCUAUAGUCAUUUCUCUGUCAUUUCUCUGCCCUCCCUACCCUCUAAUCAAUAUGUUAUGCUGUUGAUCAUAAAUGUAUUUUCUUGGAAGUUAAGCCAAAUCUGCCAUUAGGCAGAAGGGCUGUUGACUCAGACCUGGGAUAUCAUUGUCAUUCAUUUAAUUUGUUAUUGGAUUUUUACUGCUGGGAGGUGAUGGCAUGAAACAGUGCCAUUUAGAUUUUAUAUCUAAAGUGCUAAAUUGUCUUGGGCAGGCCCUUCUUAGGAAUAAAUCCUCUUUCCACAGGUUCACCUCCAGGCAAAUGUUCUUAGGAUUGCAUAUUGAACUGUUCACCUCAAGCAAAUUGUCACAAAUAAGAUGCACAGCUCAUUGUCUGGGGAUUCUGAAUAAUUAAUUUAGUCAUCGCAACCAGUAAUAGUUUGUUAAAAUAUCCUCUUCUCUCUGCUCCCCCACUGUCUGGGGCAUCAGCUUCUGUGUUAUCUUUGUCACAGAACAGGUGCAUAGGAGGCUGCUAACUUUAUCUGUAUGUAAAGUGUGCAUUGGGGAUGGGGGACAGACCAAAAGAGAAGUAUUUAAAUUAUUAAUGGAACUGUUUUUGGGAGCAGAAUGAGGAGUUCUUUUUUAGAAAAUGCAGUCUGAACCACAUUUCAAACUACUGUACUUUUGCACUCACAUUCUCAUGGCAAAGUAAGUUCAGAGGAGCUGCAAUAUGGCUAGUUGAAAGUUGCAAUGCUGUAAUGAUCAAGAGUCUCAGCUGUACACCAGGAAGUCCCUCAGUCUGAACAUACGAAAUCACUGAGUGACUCAAGGCAAGCUGUUCUUUCUCUGCUUUUUGCUUAUAACAGGGGUUGGGAACUUGGCACUCUAUAUAUUGUUGGACUCCAACACCUAUUGGAGUGUGGCCAAGGACCAUGUGAACGCUAGUUCAGCAACGUAUGGGAAGCCACAGAAUGCCCAUCCCUUGCCUAUAGUAUUUUCACAGUAGGGUUCUUAUAAGAGUGGCAGAGAUAUUUGCUGGGUUGAAACAUAAUGGCAAUACUGUGAUUUGUUUUUGCUAAGCCAUUGUUGUUUAAUGUGGUUAGUGCAAGCCAUGGUUUUGUGCCUAGCUUUUGUAUACAAUCAUUGUGUUCAAAAGUGUUGAACCAUUCGGAAACGGCCCUGCUUGAAUAUUGAAUAUUACUUGCGGAGGGAAAUGGAAAAGAAAUAACUUGCCUUCUGUUUUUCUUGCAGAAAGAAUGAACAAUUUCCCUCCUCUCCCUCAUUUCAUCCCAUUGAAACCGUGCUUUUACCAGGAUUUUGAUGAGGAAAUCCCACCCCUACACCGAACCACAGUCAAACGUCUUUACUACCUCUGGAUGUGUAAGUUGUGGAGGUUGGAGGGUUAAAAGGGCAGGCCAACAUUCCAGUGGGUGUAAGUGGGGAAGCAUGGACCAGAAGCAGUAAGGGACCCACUCUUUCAUUUCCCUUUCCACAAAUCUGAAUUUAAAAUUUUAAUUUAUUUUCAAUAUUGAUAGAAUUUUUUUGGCCAGAGAGGCAGAAUUAGGCUCACAAUGCGGAAUGUGGGGCUCCUGGCAGAUAUGAGCUGCCAAUCUUAGCCUUGGGGGACCUCCAACAGAUAUACCCUGAAAGAUCCUGGAUAUCGAAGGCAUCAGGUGGUCAUAAAGGCAUCCUGGACUCAAGUUGUUAAAGGUUUUGUAAAUUAAGACAAGAACUUGACCUUGGCCUGGUAACAUAUGGGCAGUCUGCAAGAUUUUAAGCACUGGACUGAUGUGGUGUCAAUAGUCUGUCUGCCAUUUUGUUUUCUAAUUGCUAUUUAAGAAAAGGGUCACAAUGGCUGAAGAAAAGGGACAUCAGACAUUAAAAACUUCCCUAAAUAGGGCUGCCUUCAGAUGUCUUCUAAAAGUCAGAUAGUUGUUUAUUUCCUUGACAUCUGAUGGAAGGGCGUUCCACAGGGCGGGUGCCACUACCGAGCAGGCCCUCUGUCUGGUUCCCUGUAACUUCACUUCUCUCAGUGAGGGAACCUCCAGAAGGCCCUCAGAACUGGACCUCAGCGUCCGGGCUGAACGAUUGGGGGUGGAGAUGCUCCUUCAGGUAUACUGGGCCGAGGAAACAACUUUUGUGUCUGGAUUUACACCUUUUUAAAUAUGGCAAUCCUAGGUUAUUAUUUGUAGACAUAUGUGUGGAACCAUGUCCAGAUAGAGUAUUAAUUCUUCAGAUCUGGACAAAAGGUUUUGGCCAGCAUGAAACAGUUUUCCAGUCCCAGCCUUCGUCUUUGUUCCUGGUUUCUGUUUCCAUAAGGGCCAACUCAGUCGUCAGUGUAGUCUCAAAAUAUUUAAUAAAAACAGUUUAAAACAACAACACUGUAGGUAGUUGUUGACUGUUAAGAGGGUAGAUUUAUUUGGUUCCUUUUUGUUGUUCUACUCCUUUGUCUCUCUUCCUUGCCUUUCCCAAAGGGAAUGUGAGAAGCCUGACUAGGGGCACUUCCAGACAAUGUGUGUUUAUAGAACAUUCAUACUGAUUUGUUUGUAAAAGAUUUGGGAGGCUAGGUUCCUGUCAUUUUGGAGAAGUGGGUUUGUUGGGCAAGGCCUCUAACUCAGCUUUAAUUGCAUAACCUGAAUUUGCCAGCAUGUGGUUGAAUCAUACCUGAAAAUAGCUAUGGUCUGGAAACACCCUUAGAAAAUUGUGGAGGCGGCACUUAUUAUUCUUCAUUGAAGCUCUGAACUCAUUUAUCUUUCCCAUUCUCAGCUUGUCCAGCUCUUGCUGUGUGAUCUGCUACUUUUGCUCCUCUCUCUGUGUGUCUCUUUCGAUAAAUGUGUUUGCAGUGAAUAGCAUCACCUUGGCAGUGAAUCUGAUUGGUUGCCUUGCGUGGAUGAUCGGAGGUGGUGGAGCAGUUAACUUUGGACUGGCAAUUCUCUGGCUCAUUCUCUUUACGCCUUGCUCCUAUGUCUGCUGGUUUAGACCCAUUUACAAAGCCUUCAAGUAAGUGAUAGGCACAGCUUCUCUCUCUCUCUCUCUCUCUCUCUCUCAUUCUCCAGCCCCACCCCAGUGUGCUCCUCAGUUCUUUUGGCUAGGUCCUACUGCACAGAUGGGGAAUCCAUGGCUUCCACUUGCUGUUGGACUCCCAACUCCCAUCAGCCCCAGCUAGCCUGAUCAACAGUGUGGGAUGAUGGGCAUUAUAGUCUGGCAACAUCUGGAAGGCCACAGAUUUCCCAUCCCUUUGCUGCUGCGUUCAGUAGCCCCUCCAUAUCCACCCAUUCCUUAGUUCCUGUUUUAUUCCCCUGUGCACAGAUGUUCUAACCCGUGGUGGUCUCCAGCUUCUACCACACAUUUCUGCUUCUCCUGUUCUCACCUGCGAAUCACAUCACCCUUCCUUCUCUUAUCCAUCCUUGCCCCCGCCCAUGACUUUAAGCCAUGUGUCUGAUCACUAUCACUAUAAGGAAAGGCAUUGUGGCAGAAUGUCCUCUCCCUUUCCAAGCAGUCCUAGUCAUCUUCAGUGUGUGUUCAGUGUUCUUAGGCAUGCAGAAAUGGGGGGAAGCUUUUUAAAAUUAGCACUGCAAAUUAAUGCUAGCUUGGUCAUCCUUUCUCUGUUCAGCCAUCAAUAAAUAGGUGCUUUCCCUCCUGUCUUUUCCUGGAGGCUGCUUUCAUCCUAAGUGGAUCAUCUUGUAUGGUGACAGGUCUCUUUUCAAAGGAUGGGAGAGCACUCUCUCUUUCCUUUUAAGUCUUGACUGCUGGUGGGAGACCUGCCUAGUGGUUGGACUGGUUGUCAGUGGAGAAAGCAACAAUGAUGGGCUCUUUUCUUUUGUAGGACAGACAGCUCCUUCAGCUUCAUGGCUUUCUUCUUCACCUUCAUGGCUCAGCUGGUGAUCAGCAUCAUCCAGGCAGUCGGGAUCCCCGGCUGGGGAGUCUGGUAAGCUGGACAUCUGAGGGGUUAACAAGAGCAGCCACCCACUUAAAAUAAAUAUUUAGGCAAUUAACUGUAUGGCCUAGAUCAGGGAUAGGGAACUGCCCUGUGAUCUCGUUAGCUGGAGAUGCUGGGGAUUGAAUGCCCUUUUUAUCCUUCCACUUCAUACCUGCUGUGUAGGAGAGGGGAAGAUGGCUGCCAAAUGCUUGAAGCAGGGUUUUGAGCUCUAAGGCAAGUUUCUGCUCUAUAACCAACCCAUAGCAUUUGUUUUUAUCCUCUCUUCCAUUUUAUUUCUUAACACCUUUUAGUGCUUCGUUUUGUUGUUUUAAUUUAUUGUUUUAUCCCAUUGUUUUAUUGUUCUAACUCCUCUAAACUGUGAGGCUGCAUGAAACUGGAGCACUUUGCUAGGCAAGGUUGAGCCAAAGUUUACAAGAUACAGUGGUACCUCGGGUUACAGACACUUCAGGUUACAGACUCCGCUAACCCGCUAAGUACCUCGGGUUAAGAACUUUGCUUCAGGAUGAGAACAGAAAUUGCGCGACGGUGGCAGUGGGAGGCCCCAUUAGCUAAAGUGGUGCUUCAGGUUAAGAACGGACCUCUGGAACGAAUUAAGUUCUUAACCCGAGGUACCACUGUACUAGUUAUAAAUUAAGGAAGAGAAACAUAUUGAUUAUCAGAACUGUUGACGAGCGAGCCCAGGUGGCAGCUGCAGAGAGUCUCCAAAAUGCUCCCUUCUGCUGGAUGGCACUGACGCCGGACCUAUAAAUUCAAGGCCACCACGUAUGGAGAUAAUUGAUUUCUGCAAACUGCCGAAGAAUAAUCAUAAUUAUUAUGGUACUUACUAGAAAGAACUGCAAAGUUCUGGGAAUCAUGCCAGAUUCGUUAAUCAGCUCCCCAGAACCCCGAAGGAGACAGAGCAAAAUCACACAUUAUUUUCUCCAAAAGGAGGGGGGUAAGAGGGAGCUGAAUGAGUUAAUUCUAAAUGAGGCCAUUCCUCCUCCUUCCACUGUUCUGGAUUGGUCAACUCAUCUUAAAGGGCUCCAACAAGAAUCUGAAAAUAUUAAUUACCCAUCAAGCCUGGCUCAAUAACUGACCUUAGCUGAGAAAUCCUAUAAGGCAAAUAUAAUUAAAAUAAAGACCCAGAGGCCACCUUCUGAGCUUGGAUCCUGGGACCUUCUGCAUGCAAAGCAGGCUCUCUGCCGCUGCACUAUGACCUUUCUCCAGGUUAUGACUCAAAGGAGUGGUUCUGAGUGGUGGCAGUAGCAGCACCAUAGCUUCCUCACAAUGUUUCCUCUCACUCUCAUUGUUUCUCUGCAGUGGCUGGAUUGCAGCAAUAUCUUUCUUUGGGACGAACGUGGGGUCAGCUGUCGUGAUGCUCAUCCCCACCAUCAUGUUCACAGCCAUGUCUGUCUUCUCCUUCAUUGCCCUCAGUAUGGUAAGACGUGGGAAAGGUUUUGCAUGGGGAUGCUACAUAGAUAUAUCUCACACUCUAUUGGCUGAGAAUGCCCAGGAGACUCCUGCUGCCUGAUCCUUCUGUUUUCAAGGGCCAGAGUUGACAUGACUGUGUUCACACAAGUGACGUGCAGUGUGCAUGGAUUUUGAUUGGCAUAUACCAGUCACCAAGAAGCUGCUUCUUACAUUUUUUUUCUGUGUGCACCUCACACCUAUAUAUUUAAUGUGUGCCUCAGAAGUAUCUGUCCAUGUACUUGGAGAAUCUUGGGCAGCCACUAGCAAGAUUCAGGACAGAGAAAAGAAAGAACUUCUUCACAUGGUGCACAGUUAAACUACGGAUGAUCACCAACUUGAAUUAAAAGAGUAUUAUACAGUUUCAUGGAGAAUAAAGGCUUAUCAAUGGGUACUCAGAAUACUAGUUACUUGGAUUCAGAAGUGGUGAGAGUGCUGUUGCACUCAGGUCCUGCUUGCAGGCUUCCCAUGGGCGUCUGGUGAAAGCAGGAUGCUGACUAGACGGGCCCUUGGCCUGAUCCAGCAGAGCUCUUCUGAUGUUUGAUGGCUACAUGAUUUCCCCAAGAAACGACCAUGAGCUUGGCUCCUUUGUUUGUCCUUCCAAGGCUAAACUGAAAAAGGUGAUGAACGACCCUGUUUUACUUUCACCCCACUCCAGGUCCAUAAAUUUUACCGGGGAAGCGGUGGGAGUAUCAGCAAAGCACAAGAGGAAUGGACGACGGGAGCCUGGAAGAACCCCCACGUGCAGCAGGCAGCUCAGAACGUGGCGGUCGGUGCUGCCCAGGGAGCCAUGAUGCCCCACGAGACGCAGUAUUCGGCCACUCCUAACUAUAACUACCCCAAUGACAUGUGAGGUGUGACCUUCCCCACCCAACUAGAACUUCCCGAGUGAGAUGUGAACCUGAGAGGGUUGUGACUUGAAGUGGGCAGGAAGAACUGGAGGAGAGCGUGUGUGUUUCUCUGUGUAUGUAAAUUCCACUGUAUAGAAGGGUUGGCGCAGGGCGGGCUGUAUAAUAGCCUCCUUGAUGGGAUGGAGGCAUGUCAAAAUUGUUAUUCUUCCUCCACCCUUUGACUUUGUUCUAGGAUAAUUGUCCUUGGAGAUAAUUUGUUCUCUCUCUCCCACUCCCCCCAAUCUGAAGAAGCUGUUGCGUUGACAUGCAGGACUAUUGUGUCGUGCUGUAGUGACUGUACAUGUGUGUGCUGGUCUCCCUUCCCCUUUUGUGAAACAAUGUACAGUGGUGGUUUUUAAAUUUUACUGUGUUGGUAGAUGAUAUUAUAGCUGCAUCAGCCGGGGUGAGCGUGGAGAGCCCAAACAUUCAAGAGCUGCUAAAGGGACACUCUGGGGGUUUCAUGAAUAACCCAGUUCACAAUAGCUGCCGGUUGCAAGAACUUUGUCAGGUUCAUUCUGUCUCAGCUAUUUGCAACUUAUACUGUAUAGAACAGGGUUAGGGAGCCUGUGACCCUUUGGGUGUUAUGGUCUCCAACUCCCAUCAGCCCCGGCCAGCAUGGUCAGAGAUGAUGGGUGUAGUAAUCCAAAACCUGGGGGGGGGCUGCAUGUUUCUGAUGUAGGGCAUUGCUGGCUUAUUAGCGUUUAAACCCUGCUCUUUUUCACACUCUCUUCACUCUCAAAACCAGAGCUCAACCUUUUCAUUCCAUGCUGAUCCACCAGAGGUUACCACUUACCUUAACGUGCGGUAUUAUAAACAGGUCCAUUUACUCUUCCGAUGUAUCGAUAGGAAGGCAGUGCUAGUGCGUGGCUUAAAAAACAAAGUUGUGAGCAGUGCUGUAGAGCUGCCCUGUUUGAACUGGAGCAGACCUCUGUGUUCAGUAUGAACCACAUUCCAAACAUGCCCCCAACCCCAGAAGCCCCAUAUCUAGAAUCAUGGAGAGGAUCUUGUUCCCUUCUGGACAAGCUUUCGAGGGCCAUGUGCUGGUGGUGUGCAGGGCCAGAGGCAAAACCAAGUGGAGCUAUGAACGCCUGUGUUACUUUUGUACAGCAGGCUAGUUUCUCUCUGCCUUCCAUCUAGACAAGCAAGAGUUCAAUCAGAGUUCAAGACACAUUCCAGCCAGGCAAAAUCAUGAAAAGUGUGUGUGUGUGUGUGUGUGUGUGUGUGUGUGUGUGUAAGUAACAGGGUCAAGUGAGGGGUGUUGCCUGGGGGAAGGGCCAAAAGGCCUGAGGUUCCCAACCCCUGUUGUGUGGGCCAUAUAGUUCAAGCCCCUGCUUGAUGCCACAAACCCAGAUGUAGAGCAUCACCAACUGGUGGUUGUUCAACUUGUGCUCGAAGACCUCUGAUCAGCGAGAGCCUCCCUCCAACCAGGCAAUUGGUUCCAUGACCUCAUAAUUUUACGGAGACUGAGAGGAGAUAUGAUAGCCAUAGUCAAAUAUAUGAAGAACUAUUGCGUGGAAGAUGGAGCAAGCUUGUUUUCUCCUGCUCUGGUGGGUAGGACUUAAACAAUUGGAUUCAAGCUACAAGAAAGGAAAUUCCGACUACGUAUCAAGGACAACUUGCUGACACUAAGAGCUGUGUGACAGGUCUCCUGCAGGAGGUUGUGGACUCUCCUUCCUUGGGGUUUUUAGGCAGAGGUUGGAUGGCCAUCAGUCAUGGAUGCUUUAGCUGAGAUUCCUACAUUGCAGGGGGUUAGACCAGAGGGCCCUUGGCAUCCUUCAAACUCUACAAUUCUACGAGAGCCAGUGUGGUGUAGUGGUUAAGAGCAGUAGACUCGUAAUCUGGUGAACCGGGUUCACAUCUCUGCUCCUCCACAUGCAGCUGCUGGGUGACCUUGGGCUGGUCACACUUCUCUGAAGUCUCUCAGCCUCACUCACCUCACAGUGUUUCUUGUGGGGAAGGAAGGGAAAGGAGAAUGUUAGCUGCUUUGAAACUCCUUCGGUUAGUGAUAAAGCAGGAUAUCUAAUCCAAAUUCUUCUUCUUCUAUGAACAACGUUCCAAAUUCCAUUGGCUCACUAAUACACGGCAAUUCUCAACUAAAUAUAAAGAGUGGAGUUUUUUCUUUCCUUGGCCAAAACAUUAUAGUGCAAUUCCUAAUGUUUCUGAAUUGUCUGGUGGUGCCAGAAGGCCCAGCAUCCAGUAAUUGUAUUUUCAUUGAUUUUUAUCAGUGUUUCCACAGAGCCGCAAGGCUGCUCUAUGGAUUUUUGUUUUUUAAAAAAACAUGCAGGCACAGAAGAUGCUUCUGUAUAGGAAUUAAUGUGAAGCUUGUCUAUAACAGGCUGUCUUGUGUGAAGAGCCACCACACACGGACAAGCGCUUUUCGGAACAUGGAAGCCUCUACUGUAUCCUGAGCAGACCUUCACUUCAACCUCCAAUGCUUUUUCUUGAUCUGAGUAUGGAUCUUGUAUUUUAUCUUGUAUUUUAACUCACCGUGAGAUCUAUGGAGGAAGGACAGCAUAUAAAUCUUAUUACCAUAGUAAAAAUAAAAUAACCAAUAAUACGGCAACUCAUUCUGGUUUCCUUGGCCAACACCCCAUCAUAUCCAACAUCAGAACAUAGGAAGCUGGUUCAUACCAAGUCAGGCCAUUGGUUCAUCUGGCUCAGUAUAGCCCACACUGACUGGCAGCCACUCCCACUCUCCAAGGUAUCAUCUAGGGGUCUCUCCCAGCCCUACUGGGAGAUGCUGGGGGUUCAACCUGGGACCUUCUGCAUGAAAAUCAGGUGUUCUGCCACUGAGUCAUGGUCCUUCCCAUGGUGAAAUACAGUGCUACACCUGAACAGGAAAUAUAACCCAGGUAGGAGGCAGAGGGUCAUGUGUGCAGGCCUGCUCUUGAUACCCCCCAUGGACCCUGCCCCUCGCCCCCUUGGUUCCCAACCUUUGCAUGUUGAGCUGGAAAGGUCUGGUGGGUGACUUCUACUUGCAUUUGCCUCCUCCAGGUCUUCCCAGGUCAACGCAGGAAGGGUGUAGGGACUGAGUGGAUAAGGAUGGAGUUGUUGGGAGAUGGGGUCACCAUAUUCACCCCCUUGCUCAUUAAGUGGGUUGGUACCCAUGGUGCUUGAACAGGGCUAUUGUUUGUUUGCUUUAUGGGAUUGUGUGCUUUGAAUAAGAGAACGUGAUAUUCCCUGGUGUUCAAGUGGCUGUGAAGUAUGUUUAUGCCUUCCUCUGCCCCUGCGUCUUAUCUUGCUGUAUUCUCUGUUGCUAGAUCAUUACUGUUUGGCCUCACAAGUGUGUGUGUGUGCAUUCAGGGUUUAUUAAAGAUUGGCAGUUCCACUGAAUCAGAGACACUUAAAAGAGUCUUGUCUGCCUUCAGAACUUAAUGUAGACUUCUGGCAAGAGUAGAUUAUUUUCACCUUAAUUUUGGUGGGUCCUCCAGAAUGGAGUUAUUGUAUGGGCAGCCAUUCUCUUUGGCUACCUACAGCAACUUCUUCCUCUGUUGUGUUAGAUCUAAUAAAAGUGGGCUAAUCCCAUAGGAUUAGAGACCACCAAAGAAGAAUGCUUUCAAAACUCGUUCAGAUUGGUGGUGUGCUUUUCCUCCCUUCUUGAAGCUUUUUACUUCCUUUUCUCCCCUCACCUCCAUCACCUGCAAUUUCCUCCUCCUGCUUCACAAGAACAUAUUCCCUGCUCCUGUGUUGGCUCUGUGAAAUGGGUUAAUGUAUGUGUUGGUGGGGCAGGGGGGAAGCAGCAAGGGUUUUUAAACUCUGCUAUUUUUAAGCAUCCCUGUAGAAGUCCACCCACCUUCUCAGUGCAUGCCUGUUUCUCUCGUUAAAAACUGCAAAGGCCGGCCUGUUCUCAAAGAUGGGAAGCCAGCUUUUGUCAUUCUGAGCAGAUGGAAUCAGUUGGAACAGCUUGGCCUCUGUUCAUCUCGCUCAUCAGUCGGAGGAGUCAGACUUGAGAAAUUCAGGGAGCUCUGCUUUCAAAUGCAGCAACAAGAAGGGGGGAACUUGCUUCCCAUUGAGUGUGCCUGGCAGUGCCCUGUAAUGAUCCUUGCAGCUCAGGGAUUAGAGAAGUUGGUCGAGUCUGUGAAGGGAAUGGGGGGACAAUGUGGUUUGAAGAUGAUCUGUAGCUCUUGAUCCCCAAGAGGGAAAAUGCCCUUCAGGUAUACAUGAUGAGCAAUUCUCUCUGCAGUGGUGAAUUUGUGUUGGGGAAGUAUUACUUCAGCUUGCACGUAAGGGCUCAUAAGCUUGAAUCUUGAAUGGUAGAAUCAUAAGGAGUUGUAAGGGACCUCAAAAUCAACUAGUUCAGCCCUCUGCCAUUAUUAUUAUUAUUGUGGAUAGCUCAGCUGGUAGAGCAUGAGACUCUUAUUCUCAGGGUCGUGGGUUUGAGCCCCACGAGGGUCUUCUAAUUCCACCCCCUGCAAUGCAGGGAUCUUUUGCCCAAGAUCCCUGCAUUGCAGGGGGUAGGAUUAGAAGACCCUCGUGGCCCCUUCCAACUUUACAAUUCUGUGAUUCUAUUAUUUUACAUGACUAUCUCUCACUUCCUCUCUGGAGCGCAAGGUGGCACACACAGUUCUCCCCCUCUCCAUUUCAAUCCUCACAACAACCCUGUGAGGUAGGAUAGGUUGAGAGAUUGUGACUGGCCCGAGGUCACUCAGUGAACCUCAUGGCUGAGUGGGGAAUUUGAACCCUAGUCUCCCAGGCCCCAGCCCAAUACUCUAACCAGCACAGUAUUUGAAGAUGGCUAUCACAUCACCUCUUAAUUGUCUCUUCUCCAGCUAGAGAUGCCCAACUCCUUCGAACUUUCCUUGAAGGACUUGGUCUCCAGGCCUCUAGCCAUCUUUCUUGCCCACCUCUGGACAUGCUCUGUUUAUCAGUAUCCUCUGCAGUCCCUAGAACUGAACACGGUACUUCAGAUUCAGGUAGGUAGCUGUGUUGGUCUGAUGCAGUCGAAAAAUAAUAAUUAAAUAUGCUACUUUUAAUAAAUAAAUUAAAUUAAAUUAAAUUGUGAGAGCCAGUGUGGUGUAGUAGUUAAUCUGGUGAACCAGUUCAUGUCUCUGCUCCUCCACAUGCAGCUGCUGGGUGACCUUGGGCCAGUCAUACUUCUCUGAAGUCUCUCAGCCCCACUCACCUCACAGAAUGUUUGUUGUGGGGGAGGAAGGGAAAGGAGAAUGUUAGCCGCUUUGAGACUCCUUCGGAUAGUGAUAAAGCCGGGAUAUCAGAUCCAAACUCCUCUUCUUCUACUGGACAAUUUUUUAUUUUUUCCUGACAGUACUUCAGGUAAAUGUUCCUCCUUUUAAAAAAGAGAAAAAAAUCCCUGUACAUGGAAAGCAAGCAGUGAGAAAGCUAAGCUAGAAUUUAUCUCCCUGAUGUGCUAGUUUUCUUCAUGUAGGGAUGUUGUUGUUUUUGAAUGGAGGGGCUUUCCAUCAUGUGAAAUCCCACCCGCAGCUGGAAGUAAUGCAGUCCCAUCCCAGGUUGACCAGCUUGGUGAUAACAGGACCCAAAUGAUAUCAGCUCUAGGGUGUGUGUGUGUGUGUGUGUUAGCAUCUAUCCUUCCUUGUUCACAGGUUUUGUUGUAAACCAAAAACGUCAGGCGCGUUAGUACAGAUAAAUCUUGUGCCCGAACUGCAUCUCAGGGAUUCUAGGCUAGAGAAUUUGUUCAUUCUCUGUGGCUCUUCCAAAUGGAGACCAUGCAAGUGGGGAAUGACUGUGGGCUCUGUGCCAGCCAGCUUGCUGUUUGCAGGGAUUGGGGAAUGCCUCCUUGAGAUGGUUUGGAGAAGACGUGCAUGGAGCUGAACCAGAAAGGAUACCCCUAGUGUCAGAGACAAUGUAACUGUGAAUAACAGUUGCCGGGGAACAAGAGUGAGCGAGUUCUGUUGUAUUCAUGUCUUGCUAGUGGGGUUUUCAUAUGCAUCUGGCCUUGUCGCUGUGAGAGCAGGAUGCUGGACUUGAUGGGCCUUUGGUCUCAUCCAGCAGGGCUCUUCUGCUUGUGGUGUCCCAUCACCUGCAAUAUUGUUCCAUUGCUUGCUGUCAUCUCCCAGCACCUAUGGUAAGCCAUAGAUGUCUUCUGCAUUCACAAACCUCAUGCACCAAACCUCACUGUUACCAGCACCAGCUUAUGUUCAUCUGUCCUGACAUUUAGCUUCCCAUUGCUUUUUCCUCCUUAGUUGGGUUCUGGCUUCUUGUCCCUCAAGGCCAUCUUGCAGCUGCAUUUCCAGCGUCCACUGUGUGCUGAAAUGGUAGCACCAAUAGGCCUUGAAUCUUAGCCUGGAAGUAGUGGGUGUUGCUUAUGGGCUGCCACUUGAGACAGUAACAUCUUAGAAGGGUUUUCAUUUGCUGGAUGCUGAUGGCUGGACUGAGUUACUCAUGAAAAAAAUAAUUCAAUCUGAUAGGGAACAAUUGUGGGCUGAAUGCAUUUGUAAUAAUUUAUUUUUCAGAAAGGGAAUAUAAUGGCUUCUAAUCAUUGUGCAUUGAAUUCUUGUGAGUUUCCCUUGCUUAGGCAGGGCAGAGGUUUCUCCUCCGCUGAGCUCCUGUUUGGUAAAGAAGAGAGAGACACUGGCAAUCCUGUUCUGCAUUUCUUUUCAGAGACUUCUCAAAUAGCUGUGGUGCCAUAAGUAAUCAUCUCAAUGUAUCUAAUUCACAACAGAGUUUUUAAACAAAUGUUAUAUAGAGAACAAAUGGGAAAAGCAAGGGAUGGGGUUUUUAAAUAUGGGGACCACUUGUGAUUAUUCAGUCAUUCCAUGUCUGUCCCUGAUGAAAUGGUGUCAACCUGGAGACUAAUUAAUAAAACAAAUUAUAUCAAA